UCGAAAAACCUACAACGCUGCUGCUGCUGCUGCUCCUGCCGCUGGUGUUGCUGCUGCCGCUGCUGUUGUUGCCGCCGCCGCCGCACACUCGCACUCGCUCACUCACUCACACGCACGCAGUCCGUAACGACCGUCAGACUCUCUCGGUUAUUAUUUGUUUGGUUUUACGUUUUUAAUUCUAUUAUUUAUUAUUAUUUAUAUUUAAUGUAAUUAUAUAAUAAUAAUAAUAAUAAUAAUACCAACAACAACAAUAAUAAUAAUAUAAAUCCGCUCCGUUUUAUCGAGUUUUUUUUCUCCGUUUUGGACGUUCUCGUUUCCGCCGCGUUAAUCGUGUGUCGUGCUUUGAUUGAAAUAUAAUAUUUUGAUUAUAUUUUGUAUAUGAAUUAUAAUAAUCGCGUAUUACGGUUAUAAAUAACACGACGUUAUUGUACACGCGUUUUUGUUAUUUUUACGUAAUAUAAUAUUAUUAUUGUUAUUGCGUUCUGUUCGCAUAACUAAAACCGUCGCGAUUGCGUUAUAAAUCGCAUCAUAAAAUUAUAUUUUCUACAAUAUCGUUUCGUAUUGUGUAACAUCGCUGUGUUCUCCGACAAGAUGGCCCACGGCGCUCCGGAUGAACCCGUCGGCAAGGUGGAAGAAAAGCGACCCAAGGCGCCAGUCGGAUCCAGGCGCAUAUUUCCUCCACAGUUCAAGUUACAGGUGUUGGAUUCAUAUCGACAAGACUCUGAUUGCCAAGGAAAUCAGCGAGCUACGGCUCGCAAAUAUGGUAUUCAUCGCCGUCAGAUUCAGAAAUGGCUGCAGACUGAAACCAGCUUGCGAUUGGCUGUGCAACAAGCUUCAGGCACUCCCAAACCCCAAAAAAUUGCUGCUAAUGCUGUAACGGCAGUUGCUGUUGCCGCAGCUGCAGCUAUUGCAGAGACUACAUCUGGUUCAGAUAGUGAUGUUAAUGUAGAAGACUUAUCCGACACUGAAGACUCUGCUCUGGACUUGUCCACUACUUGCUUAGAUCUGACUAAGCGCAAACGUGAAGAAGAGGAACUCGAUCCAUGCAAAAGGCGAUGUUUGGUUCCAGUCACAUCUACUGAGCGACCCUUAUAUGUCAACCCCAUCAGAUAUCCUUACGUAGAUUAUCCCCUAUUCUACUGUUGGCCACCGUGUUGUUACAGGCCACCGUGCUAUGUAGAGCGACCUGUACCCCAAAGACUGACUUGUUCAUUGGAUUUGAAAGUGUGCGCUUAUGAACCAAAAGAACCUUCUCUUUUGGACAUAUCGUACCCUCAACAUUGGAACAAACAGGACUACAGGUUUCCAAGUUCAGUAUGAAAUACCAAUGUGUUCACAUGGGUUUCGCUUGUUAUUCUUGAACUGUAAGUAUCAAUAAAGAUGAAGAACUUUUCAGAUGAUCUGUUUGAAUUGAAAGAAAAGAUAUUUGAAGUGUUAUUUAAUAUUAGUACUAUUUUAUUAAAAGUUUUAGUUUAACAUCAAUAUCUUUAAUACCAGCAAUGGUAUAAAAAAUUUAAAUUAUAUAAAUUGUUGAAAAAGAAAAA